UAGCUCAAAUGCUCUCGGAACAGUAGCACCACCCAGCAGCUGGGAUUCUUCCCCUCUCUUAUGUGCCUUCUCUCUUGCCUUUUUUGCUUCAGACUCUUGGAUUGAACUUCAUCUCAAACCUCUGGAGUUCAAGACCUUUUAAAAAAAAAAGGGCUAAAUAAACAAUCUCUACAUGUAAAAGACCACUGAUUCCUGCUUCCUCUGUUUGGAGCCACUGGGAAACCCAACUGCCUGAAGGAAAACUGAAGACUUUAAUAAAAAAUCCUCCAAGGUCAAAAUGAAUACAGAUAGCGGUGGGUGUGCUCGCAAACGUGCUGCCAUGUCCGUUACAUUAACAUCUGUGAAGAGAGUUCAAAGUUCUCCAAACCUAUUGGCUGCAGGUCGUGAUUCUCAGUCACCAGACCCAGCUUGGAGAUCUUACAAUGAUCGAAAUCAAGAAACACUGAAUGGAGAUGCUACAUAUUCCUCUCUUGCAGCAAAAGGUUUUAGAAGUGUUCGCCCAAACCUGCAAGAAAAAAGAUCACCGACCCAGGGCCAGAUUACAGUGAAUGGAAACUCAGGAGGUGCUGUGAGUCCAAUGAGUUACUAUCAACGGCCAUUUUCUCCUUCAGCUUACUCACUCCCAGGCUCACUCAAUUCAAGCAUUAUCAUGCAACAUGGCCGUUCACUUGAUUCCACAGACGCCUAUCCUCAGCACACACAGUCCCUGGAUGGCACCCUGGCCAGCUCCAUACCACUGUACAGAUCUUCAGAAGAAGAGAAGAGAGUGACAGUAAUCAAGGCACCACAUUACCCAGGGAUUGGGCCAGUCGAUGAAUCCGGAAUCCCCACAGCAAUUAGGACGACGGUUGACCGGCCAAAGGACUGGUACAAGACAAUGUUUAAGCAAAUUCACAUGGUGCAUAAGCCGGAUGAUGACACUGACAUGUACAAUACUCCUUAUAUAUAUAAUGCAGGCCUGUAUAACUCACCCUACAGUGCUCAGUCACAUCCAGCAGCUAAGACUCAGACUUACAGACCACUCUCCAAAAGCCAAUCAGAUAAUGGCACUGAGGUCUUUAAGGAUGCCUCUUCCCCAGUUCCACCUCCACAUGUUCCUCCACCAGUUCCUUCACUGAGACCCAGAGAUCGAUCUUCAACAGAAAAGCAUGAUUGGGAUCCUCCAGACAGAAAAGUGGACACAAGAAAAUUUCGUUCCGAGCCAAGGAGUAUUUUUGAAUAUGAACCUGGGAAGUCAUCAAUUCUGCAACAUGAAAGACCACCCCCACUCCCUCCAGCUCCGACACCACCUGCACCCAGGGAACCCAGCCGGAAGCCUAUUCCUAUUGCACCCUACGGAGGAGCAGUAACUGGUAGCCCCUCUCCUCCACCCCGGAGGGGCAUCCCCACACCAAGUUCAUGCACCCCAGCACUCUCUCCCAUCUGGACUGAUCGCAUAAAUCCAGAUGACAUAGAUUUAGAAAAUGAGCCCUGGUAUAAAUUCUUUUCAGAACUGGAGUUUGGACGCCCGCCUCCUAAAAAGGCUCUGGACUAUGUUCAAGAUCAGUCUUCUGGUGUUUCCAAUGAGGCCUCAUUAUAUCAGUCUUCUAUUGACAGAAGCUUGGAAAGACCAACUAGUUCUGCAGGCCUGGCCAGUGACUUUAGGAAACGACGGAAGAGUGAGCCUGCAGUGGGGCAGCCUCGAGGUUUGGGGGAUCAAAGUGCAAGCAGGUCUAGCCCAGGUCGGGCAGACCUCCCUGGUUCCAGCGCCACGCUAACAAAGUCUUUCAUGGUUUCUUCUCCUUCUUCCCCAUCAAGAGCAAAAGGUGGGGAUGAUAGCAAAAUGUGCCCAUCCCUUUGCAAUUACUCAGGGCUCAACAACACCCCCUCCAAUGAGUUAGAUUACUGUAACCCCUACAGACAGCAUUUGGACGUUCCGAAUGACUCUCAAAGGUCCAUCACUUUCAAGAAUGGCUGGCAAAUGGCCCGACAAAAUGCAGAGGUCUGGAGCAGCACAGAAGAAACCGUUUCCCCCAAAAUCAAAUCUCGUAGCUGUGAUGAUCUGCUCAACGAAGACUGUGAUAGCUUCCCAGACCCCAAAACCAAAUCGGAAAGUAUGGGCUCUCUGCUAUGUGAGGAAGAUUCCAAGGAAGGUGAUGCCCUCUCAUGGGCUUCUCCCUACAUCCAAGAGGGUCGAGGUAAUGGCAGAUCAAGACUUCGACAUAGGUCAGCCCAUGACACCCCGGGGUUCCUAAAGAUGUACAAGAAAAUGCACCGCAUCAAUCGCAAAGACCUGAUGAACUCUGAGGUGAUUUGUUCUGUCAAGUCGAGAAUAAUGCAGUAUGAAAAGGAGCAACACAAAGGCCUUCUCCAUGGCUGGAGCCAGUCCUCCACUGAGGAGGUGCCCAGAGACAUGGUCCCCACCCGUAUCUCUGAGUUUGAGAAGUUGAUUCAAAAGUCGAAGUCCAUGCCUAAUUUAGGGGAUGAAAUGUUAUCUCCUGUCACCCUUGAGCCACCACCAAAUGGCUUGUGUCCCCAGAGGCGAUUUUCCAUUGAAUCUUUACUGGAGGAAGAAAAUCAGAGCAGACACCCUUCUCAGGUACAACGGAGCCAUCAAUCUAAAACCCUUGUGCCAAUUCAUAUUGAGGUCACCAGUGAGGAGCAACCUAGGACUCAUGUGGAGUUUUCUGACAGCGACCAAGACGGAGUGGUGUCUGACCACAGCGACUACAUUCACGUAGAAGGAUCAUCUUUCUGCAGCGAGAGUGAUUUUGAUCACUUUUCUUUCACAUCCUCUGAAAGUUUUUAUGGCUCCAGCCACCACCAUCACCACCACCACCACCACAGGCAUCUCAUCAGCUCCUGUAAAGGCAGGUGCCCUGCUUCCUACACUCGUUUCACCACAAUGCUAAAACACGAAAGAGCCAAGCACGACGGUGCAGAAGAGCCUAGAAGAAAAGACUUGGACCCCGGCCUUUCUAAACUUGCAUUUUUAGUCAGUCCUGUGCCUUUCCGGAGGAAAAAAAACCCAACUCCCAAAAAACAGACUGAAAAGGCGAAAUGUAAGGCUUCUGUAUUCGAGGCUCUGGACUCUGCCCUAAAAGAUAUUUGUGACCAAAUCAAGGCUGAAAAGAGAAGGGGGAGUUUGCCAGAUAAUAGUAUACUGCACCGUCUUAUCAGUGAACUGUUGCCAGAUAUUCCUGAAAGGAAUUCUUCCCUGGGAGCUUUAAAAAGGAGCCCCAUGCACCAGCCUUUCCACCCACUGCCUCAAGAUGGUGCUAUUCACUGUCCAUUGUACCAGAACGAGUGUGGGAAAAUGCCUCACAGUGCCUCUUUCCAUGAUGUAGACAACACCAACAACAACUACCACCACCAAGAACAGGAGAGUGCACUGAAUCUCCAAGACCGGGAGUCUCCUAAAAGUUACUCAUCCAUCUUGACAGACUUGGGCAGAAGUACACCAAGGGAAAGAAGAGGAACUCCAGAGAAAGAGAAAUUGCCUGCUAAAGCUGUUUACGAUUUUAAGGCACAGACAUCUAAGGAGUUAUCAUUUAAGAAAGGAGAUACUGUCUACGUCCUCAGGAAAAUUGAUCAGAAUUGGUAUGAGGGAGAGCACCAUGGUAGAGUGGGCAUUUUCCCCAUCUCAUAUGUUGAAAAACUCUUGCCUCCUGAAAAAGCACAGCCUGCAAGACCACCUCCCCCAGCCCAGCCCGGAGAGAUUGGUGAAGCUAUCGCCAAAUAUAACUUCAAUGCUGACACAAAUGUGGAGCUCUCAUUGCGAAAGGGAGAUAGAGUUGUUCUUCUUAAAAGAGUUGAUCAAAACUGGUAUGAAGGUAAAAUUGCAGGAACAAACAGACAAGGCAUCUUCCCUGUUUCCUAUGUGGAAGUCAUCAAAAAAAAUACAACCAAAGGUGCUGAGGAUUAUCCUGACCCACCAAUACCGCACAGCUAUUCUAGUGAUAGAAUCCACAGCUUGAGUUCAAAUAAGCCACAGCGUCCUGUGUUUACUCAUGAAAACAUUCAAGGUGGGGGGGAACCGUUUCAGGCUCUGUAUAACUAUACCCCUAGAAACGAAGAUGAACUGGAGCUCAGAGAAAAUGACGUCAUUGAUGUGAUGGAAAAAUGCGAUGAUGGAUGGUUUGUAGGCACCUCAAGAAGAACCAAAUUCUUUGGUACUUUUCCUGGAAACUAUGUCAAGAGGCUAUGAAUCACUGUCACUCUUUAUUUAUGCCACAUUUCAACAACACAUCUGCAUAAAUUGGCCUGAAUUAGCCAAGCAGGUCUCUCGUUGUCAUGCCUUACAAUCUCCAAUAGAAAUUAUUCACCGGCACCCGUUUCCACCUGCCUCCAAACCACCAGCAACCUUGCUGCCGCCGCGGGACUCGGAGACAGGCAGGCUUGCUUCUGCGUAAAAGUGCGCAUGCCUGCUUUCUGCUCUCAGCUUGGAAAAGUUGAUAUGUGAAAUCAAAGAAAAGCAUUAACUUAAAAAAAAGUUAUAUAUAUAAGGCAAAAACAAUAAAUAAAAUAAAAGAGUGUUUAAAGAGGCUCUGGUCCACUUGCCAGAGAUUCUUUCUUCAAGGCAAACAGAAGUCUGUACUCGCUCAAUGCUGUGGUUUGCAUUUUUAUACUCUUAGCCUGGUGGUUACUUUUCUUUCACGAGUUUGCCUAGUGUCCUGGUUUACACGAUAUAGCAAUUGUACUUCGGCUAGCGUUUGCCUGCACUUACAUGUUGUAAUAUGCACAGUGAUAACAAAAAUCUAAAACAAGAGCAGGACAGUUUAUUUGGAUGAGUGUGAUUUUGUUGAUUGGAUGUGAGUUUUCAAAUAGGAGAUUU